AUGGACUGGAACAUAAGACCACUCCAGAAUGCAGAUACAAAGAACCUGCAAAGUGAAGAAGCGUGUUACGCUCAGGUGCUUCCGAAUGUGCCUGUUUUUUCUCAGCCAGAUGCCUAUCCCUCCGAAAAUGCGUGCGCUUACGUUGGAAAUAACCAAAUGGUGUUUCCACCAACUGGCAUGGCUGCCCUCCCUCCUGUGAAUGCUGAUGGAUUCAAAACUUCAGAUCAGGCUGUGCUAGGAACAUCUGUAGCUGGUAACGACUUUUUUAUCUUGAAAUACGCAGUUGAUCGGCCACCACCAUCCUAUGUACCAAUAGCUCCAAAACAUUCCAGUCGGACAUCAGCUUUGCAGGCAGAAAUGACUCAGACUUCUUGGCCAAACUCCAAUGCCUACAUUUAUUCCUUUAGAAAUGUACCUCCCCUGUCUUCUCAAAGGAACGCUGGAAAUACCAUGAGGAAUUUACUUCAGGAACAUCAGUACGUCACCACAAAUGGUUACACUGUGCAGACACAAAUACCACAGAAUAAUUCUAUGAGCACUACAGUGCUCUAUCAAAACAACAUUUAUUCCCAGAGUAAUUAUGUGUCUCUUGGUGCAUCUGGGCAACAUGUCCAAACUCAGAUACAUCAUCCCAACACUCAGUUUAAAGUUUUGCAUUCCUCACCGAAUCAAAAUACUGGAGCAAAUUUACAGCCACCACCGUAUCGACCACGUCAGGUGGGAUCAGAAGCUCCUAGCAGAUGUUCUGCACCAUCUUUGUUGUCUGCCAACUGUGAGUCAAGAGCUGCAGCACAAACUUCAAUAGGUGUACCACAGACCAUUCAAAAUGUGCCUAAUAAGUAUGCUUUUAGCCAACAGAGGCGCCCAUCAGUUCCCAAAAACGCUUCUGGUUUUACUAGUGUUCAGAAACCGCAAUCUGGAGAAGUUGGUCAAUCAGUUCGGAAUAUCUGUAAUUCAAGUGGAAAUGUGACUGCAAAUCAGCCUUUUAAUGAAAUGUCUGUGCCAUCCUCUGGCAUUUGCAAAGAACUAUAUGAUAUUGUGCAGGAAAUGGAAACUCUUUCUUCAGUGCCUGCUUCAAAGCCACUGAGUGACCCUCCUUUGGUUCAAGAAAGCCAGUUUAGUAGUUUAAUGAAUGGGCCUGUUAAUUCUCAAGUUUCUUCAACAUCUGCUGAUGGAAGAACAAAUGUAAACAAAAGACUAGAUUGGGAAGCUCAAAAGCUGCUCAUUGUUAAAAAAAGAUGUGUUCUGUCUGAAAGGAUGAAUUGUUAUAAAAGAAAACUCUUAGGUUCAGAAUGUAACAAAAGUACUACUACGCUUCCAUCAAGUUAUCAAGGUACUCUUGCCAAUUGUCUUCCACAGGUGCCCAACAAAAAUGUACAGCCUUCUCCAUCUGCAACAGCAAGAACAGAAAGUCCAAUAUGUAAUUCUUCACCUGGAGAAAGAAAGGACAAAAACGUAUUCAGUGCUGGUAACAGAGGAUUAGAGGUGACUCAAAGUAACCCUCAGGUGGAAGAAGGAAGCCUUUCAUCAAGCUCCACUCCUAUUCCCUCUCAGAGCAAACUCCCAGCUCAAUUAAAUAAUCCUGACAGCACUCCCAUCUUGGAACAAAGGGAUGUAUGUGCCUUGGGCUCUUCUCAAAAACCUGUGACAUCCUUGGAUAAUGCUUCAUGUUUUAGUCAAGUGAAUAGCUCUGUCAAAACUGCAUCAAAAACUGUGCCAGCUUACCCUGAGAACUCAUCAUUUCUUCAGUUUGCAUUGAGCAGCACAAAUAUUUUGAAAGAGAAGACAGCUGGUGCUACUGCUGAUAAAAUACUGGCUAGUCUCCUAUGCAGUGAAAAACCACUGGAAGAUGCAUCCAUCACACAUGGAAGCUUGCUAAAAGAUACUAAUGAGAAGUAUGUAGAAAGUUUGAAAGGUGAGCUGGCAUUUAUGGUUCACACAAACUCUUCUGUAUCAAAAACAAUUAAAUCUGAUGAAGCUAAGUUCCAGUGUGAUGUAACUGAAAAAAAAAAGCCAUUUACUGAAAAUACAUCUUCUAAACGGAGAAAUUAUAGUGUGGAAGAGCUGGCUGCAUGUCUGGGCUUGUGGAGAAAGGAUCCGUCAGAAUCUGUAAGUAUGCAAAAUAGCCAGCCAAAUGAAAGCCCAGCAGCAAACCAGGUUUCACUUUGUGUCCAAACUACAAAAACCAGAGAACAAAGUAACGCUCCGGUUAGUGCAGACAAAGGGGUUUUGCCUAUAACAGCUUCUUCUGCAGAACAAAAGCUUGAUGCGUUGGGCUGCAAUUCCAUAAAAAGUUUUGAACCUCAGGUUGCUGUUGUCUCUCCGUUAGUACUUUCUGAACAGAGAGCACAGAAUGAGCACGCAGACAAAUGUCCAACAUCUGAUGGUAAAACCUGUCCAGUGAUUGGAUCUGGAAGCACAUGUGGCUUGCAAAAAGAGGGGGAAAGUGUGGUAAAUACCAAAAAAGAAACAACAGAAACAGGUUGUUUGUUACCCAGUGAUUGCUUUCUGGUACAGAAAGUGGACAUACAUUCGCAACAGACGAAACUAGCUGAUGGAAACAAAGUAGUAAAACACGGUACAAGUGCAAGUGAUUCAUAUGAUAAAAACCAAAGGCAAGUUAUUCAAUCUUCACAAGAUGCCAGACAAAAUCUGCAGCUCGGAUUACAAAACAAGUCUCCUCUUCCUGAGUUGGGCAUAAGUUUUUCUAGUCAAAUCUUUCAAGAAGUUGCAAGAGACCAUAAAGACAAGCAAGCUUUGUUAGAGACAGGAGAUACCUCUAUAGCUGUGUUAGAAGAACAGAUGUUUCAUAUUUCUAGUGUAUGUACUCUUGUUGAAGGCAAUAUAUUUUAUAAUCCACAAAUAGCAAGUAUUUUCAGGUCAGACUCUGACACACUUGCAUUAAAUGGUGUCUCACCAGAAGGAAAUGCGUCUGACCCAAGUCAAAAGGAACAACGGCUGGACUUGUCUAGAUGCGAGCUGAACAAUAACACUCCCCAAAGAGAGACCUUGCUGCAAAGGAUGCUGGAAGAACCACUAACCUGCCUGAGUAAAGCAGACAAGAUUUUGGAUGGUAUCACAGCUAGUCAUUUGGAGAAAGAAGGCAGUGGCAAUCGUCUUAAAAGGGAUUCUACCUCGGAACAAAAAAUGUCAUUCAGUGUGUCUUCCAAGCAUACUGAAGAUGACUUGGAAAUUCUUGCUAGUAUAAACCAGAAGUUAGCUGAAAAUUCCCUAGAUUUCUCAAUCACCGUAAGCGCUGGAAAAAAUGCCCUCACUGUUCCAAGAGACAACAGUAAACAAAAUUACAUGUCCAGUAAAAACAGCCCAGAAAAAGAAUUGAGCCUUUCUGGAGCAGGAUCUAUUAAAUAUCUAAACAAUCAGUUGUCUGAACUGGUGAAAGAGUUUCCAUACGGCAUUGGAGGUGUUUAUAUACUAACAAAAGAACGAGUACAAACUGAUUCUGGGGCUAAGCGGAUGGAGAAUCGUCCUCAAAAAGAGACUCCAGUUUGUGACAAAAAUUCCCAUUUGAAGGACUCAGUAGAUCAGAUAAAAAUUGCCAUGUUAAGUUCUGAUCAGAUGCAAGAAUGGUUCCUCAAGCCCAACCAGUGUUCCUCUAGUGACAGCAAGAGAGCAGCAAGUCAACAGUCAGAAAAGACUUCAGCUGAGAAGGAGAAUCUUGGAGGCAGUAUUCAGCCUAAUCAGCCUCCAUGUGAAAAGAAAGCAAGCCCACAAUGCUCCUCCCAUCCCAGAAAAGAAAAAGAUGACUCCUCAAAGGAUUCUGUAUCUGUAGUGUGUAAAACGCUACAGUGUCCCCCUCAGUUAGGAAUGUCUGGGUCAGAGAAAACUAGUGAUCAGCACUCAAAAGCUGGAAAUACUAGCUCUGCAGAGAAACAAGAAAAUGACAGUAAACCUGAUGCUGCAAUGAAGAAUGACUGCGGAGUGAGAAACCUGCCAGUUUCUGAAAAGAUACCAAACAGUGGUGACACAAAUAAAAAAGAUAUUUGCAAACACGACUCUGUAAUGAACCAAAAAGCUUGGCUAAAGGUUAGCGAUGAGUGCAAACCACUUCCAAUGCAACAGGAAAAAGCUGGAGCACUCAAUUCCUCUGAGAACCCAGAUGUUGAUAAAUCUAAAAGCAACAAAGAAGAGCCACAAAUUGGCAGGGGAACCACAUUGUUAGGCAAAGAAUUUCAUUCUGACAAAAAAGAAUGUCAGACAGCAUCAGAAGAGUCGUCAGAGAAAUGUAGUCAGACAGAUGCAGACAACAUGACAAAAUCAUCCAAAAAGAAGGAGAGCGCUUUCAAAACGGAGCCCCUUUCAAAAGCUAAAACUGAAACAAGUUUACCUGUGAAAUCCAAAACAGAUGUUCACAAAUUUAUGAAAUCAGAAACUGCUGAAGGUGAAUAUGCUGAAGUCAGUCAAGAACAACAAAUUAAAACCUGUGAAGAGAAAGUGGCUGAAGAACAGAAUGAUAGGAAACAAAAGGAGGUAGUUGGGCAAGAUGCAGGAAUUAACAUCAAAGAGAAAGUCCAUUUAUCAGCAGAAAUAAAACAAAAGCUGAACAGUUACCGUGCUGAUUCUUUAAAGUUCCCAAAUUUUGGCUCCGUAGACUUAAAGUCAAGAAAUGCCAAAUAUUCUCCACAUAAAUCUAUGAAAGCUCAUCUUUCACAUGAGCAGUCAUACAAAAGGAAGAGGAAGGAAAAUAUCGGCGCCAGAGAGCCUAAAAAGAUGAAAGUGGAAGAGGAAAGACUGAAACAAUCUGAAGCAAAGAAUUCCAAGAAGCUUUUGCAUAAUUGCAUGACAAAUAUUGAUAAAACUAAAAAAUUGAAUGGAGAAAGUGGCUGGAAAGCAAAGAGUUCAUUAGCAGAUCGUUCAGUGCUUAAGCUACAGAAAAAAAGGGCUCGAUCUUCUACCAUCUCUAAAAACUGCUUUUCUAACAAAGAGAGAUGUCUGGAUGAUCAAAACAAAGACAAAUGCUCUGAGAAAACGUUUCCUGAUAAAAAUCUGCUAUACGUAAAUAGAAAGAAUAAUAGAUUAAAAUUACAUCUUCAGAAGGAACCAAAAAAACACUACCUGAACAGAGUUGCAUUUAAACGCAUGGCGCAGGAACGCAUCUAUCUGACAAAACUAGAGACAUCACCAGUCAGACCUGCCCGGCACACAAAGCCCAAAGUGUCACAAAGCAGCCCAGAUGCAAAAAGGGAUGUUUCUGUGUCAGAAGUUCAGAAACCAUGCAAGCAAGAAGUAUUGGAAUUUAAGCUGUGUCCAGAGAUACUGUUCAGAAAUCCAACCACUGAUGAAGAAAGCUUAGAUGCAAAGAAUUCCCUGGAAAGGGAGAAAGCUGUUGUGGCAGGUGUCAAGAGUAAAAAAGAAGAUUGGUUAAAAUGUGAUCCUGUGAAAAAAAGAAAACUGGAUGAGAACUCUACAGCUGAGGACAGUAUUCCACUUGAUACAGCUAUACAGAUCCUGGAUGGAAACAGCGAGGCUCUUCACAUUACAAUCAAAGACUCAAAAGAGGUUUUUCAAACCUACAGAAAAAUAUAUCUGGGAAAAAAGCUGCAAAAGCUAUAA